AUGAAAAUCAACGCCCAAACCGCCAUCUCUACCUCAAAGGUCCUUCUAGUGCCCUAUUCAGCUCACCAAGUCCCCACCUACCACACCUGGAUGCAAGACCCUUCCCUACAAGCCGCUACAGCCUCCGAACCUCUUUCUCUGAAAGAAGAGUAUGACAUGUGUCGCAGCUGGCGCGAAGAUUCAGACAAGCUCACAUUUGUCAUCUGUCUUCCCAUACCCUCUGAACAGAAAUCAGUAACGCCUCAGGUCGACGAUGCGCCGGAGAAAAUGGUGGGGGACAUUAAUCUGUUCCUCUUUCAUCCCGACCCCGAAGAGGGAGAGGAAYGUGUUGUGGAGAAGGCUAUAGGUGAGAUUGAGCUUAUGAUCGCAAGGGCGGAGCUUCAGCGGAGAGGGUACGGAAGAGCGGCGUUGUUGACUUUGCUGGAUUAUGUUUUGAGGCAUUGGGGGGGCAUUGGGGACGAGUUCGAUGGCAAGGAGGCAAACGUGCAAAUUGAUUACCUGAGAGUCAAAGUCAAUGAAACGAAUGUGGGAAGCCUGAGACUAUUCGAGAGCUUGGGCUUUGAGAGAGUUGGGGAGGGCGCGAACUACUUUGGCGAAAUCGAGAUGCGAUGGAAGCCAUCAUUGAAGGCUUUGGAGGAAUUGAAGGGGUGGGAAAGAUCGGAGGAAAUCAAGUAUGAAUUGGAGGAUUGA